AUGGCAUCUCCUAAGCUUCAAGUCGCUGUUGCUGGCCUCGGACGCAUGGGCGCUCGUCAUGCUCUCAACUUUCACAACAGAACACCCCGCGCUGAGCUUGUUGCAGCCUUUACUCCUGUUCAAAAGGAGGCAGACUGGGCCAAGGUUCAUCUCGAAGGUGUUACGAUCUACAAUGACUAUCAGGAUAUGCUGAAGCACCCUGGUCUUCAGGCUGUGGUGGUCGCUACUGUCACUACCGCCCAUGCUGAAGAGGCUAUUCAAGCCAUAGAGGCCGAUAAGCAUGUUCUUUGCGAGAAGCCCCUAAGUACCAGCGUUGAGAUCUCUCAAUCUGUCGUCGAUGCCGCUGCCAAGAAGCCUCACCUCAAGGUCAUGUGUGGUUUCUCCCGUCGAUUCGAUGCCUCAUACCGCGAUGCCUUUGAUCGCAUGGACAGUGGUGCCAUCGGCCGUCCGUCCGUUUUCCGAUCUCAGACCUGCGACAAACUUGAUCCGUCCGGUUUCUUCGUCGCCUAUGCCGAGUUCAGUGGUGGUAUCUUCGUCGACUGCAACAUCCACGAUAUCGACCUUGCUUUGUGGUACUUUGGCCAAGACUCCAUCGUCAAGUCUGUCGUUGCUACUGGUAUCACUGCUGUUCAGCCUGAGCUGCGAAAGCAUAAGGAUGUAGACAAUGGUGUUGGUAUCGUUGAGUUUUGGGGCGGCAAGGUCGCAUACUUCUACUCUUCGCGCAUGAUGGCUGCUGGUCAGCACGAUAUGACAGAGGUCAUCGGCACUGAAGGCAAACUCGCCAUCAAUGCCAACCCAGUCGGCAAUCUUGUUGAGAUGCACGAGGCAACCGGUGUACGCCGACAGAUUCCUGGAGACUACUACGGUCGCUUCGAGCACGCAUUUGUCACAGAAGCAAACGAGUUCACUGCUGCUGUUCUUGACAACAACAAGUUGCCAUUCAAGCUUACUGGUGCUGUACAGGCCGUCAAAAUUGGUUGCGCACUCCAGGAGUCACUCAACUCGGGCAAGAAGAUCAACUUUGAUGAGACUGGCCGUCGUAUCGAGGCUUCUAAGCUAUAA